GUAACUAAGCUGACGCAGCACGGCGGGCGCUACACUUCUGACGCUCCGGGACUAUGGGCUCCUGGACAAAGGGCCAGAGCUGCCUGGCUCCUGGCUUGCUGCGGAACCAAACGGCCAUCGUCACCGGCGGGGCCACCGGCAUCGGAAAGGCCAUCGCGAAGGAGCUUCUGCACCUGGGGUGUAAUGUGGUCAUUGCAUCCCGGAAAAUCGAAAGACUAAAAUCUGCUGCAGAGGAACUGAAAUCCACCCUACCUCCCUCCAGCCAGGCUCAGGUCACUCCCCUGCAAUGCAACAUCCGUAAAGAAGAGGAGGUGGAUAAUUUGAUCAAAUCUACCUUAGCUGUUUAUGGUAAGAUCAAUUUCUUGGUAAACAAUGGAGGAGGCCAGUUCCUGUCUCCUUUUGAAGAUAUCAAUUCAAAGGGAUGGCAUGCUGUGAUUGAAACCAACUUGACAGGCACCUUUUACAUGUGCAAAGCAGUUUACAAACUCUGGAUGAAAGAGCACGGAGGAUCUAUUGUUAAUAUCAUUGUCCUUAUUAAAAAUGGAUUUCCACUUGCUGCGCACAGUGGAGCUGCGAGAGAAGGUGUUUACAAUCUCACCAAAUCCUUAGCUAUGGAAUGGGCCAGCAGUGGAGUAAGGAUCAAUUGUGUUGCUCCGGGAGUGAUCUUUUCCCAGACUGCUGCUGACAACUAUGGUGAUAAUGGACAAAGCAUGUUUGCAAGGUCCUUCCAGAAUAUUCCAGCUAAACGAAUGGGAGUUCCUGAGGAGGUCUCCUCCAUCGUGUGCUUCCUGCUGUCUCCUGGAGCUUCCUUUGUCACUGGACAGGUGGUGAGUGUGGACGGAGGCCAGUCUCUGUACACACACUCAUACAAUGUACCAGAUCAUGACAACUGGCCUGAAGGAGUUGGUGACCUUUCUCUUGUCAAGAGGAUAAAGGAGUCUUAUAAAGAGAAAGCCAAACUCUAAGCCAAGGAAUAUCAGCUGUCUUUUGUUCCUGAGUGCCUUAACAUCUUGAGAAUGUGCAUCUGCGCUUUAUAAGAACUUAUAAU